UGAGAGGGGAAGUGGGAGGAGAAUCGCACAGUUCAACUUCAUGAAGUGGUUGAAACACGGAGGGCCUUUAAAAAGCGGAGCGUGUACGUGUGGAUGUCUGUCGCGUAUCAGUAGAGUCUGCUGAACCGUCGCGGAGACAACGUUUCCGCCCACAAGAAAGAUGGCGGCUCCCUUGCUGGAGAAUCUGUCGGAGUCUUUAGGUUCCCCGGAGCCAGCGGUUCGACUGAUUUUAUCUAUUUUAAUCGGGUAUCCCUUUGCUCUGGUGUACCGUCGGUUCUUGUUCUACCAGUCUGCCACAGUUAUACACUUGUUCAACGCGUUCUCUGGGCUGGCUCUAGCAGCAUUCAACUUUGGCUCUCAGAUCUGUCACUCCGCAGUAUGUGUCCUUGUCCAAUUCCUGAUGCUGAGGCUCAUGGGGAGGACGGUAACAACUGUCCUGAGCAGCUUUACCUUUCAAAUGCUGUACCUGCUGGCAGGGUAUUACUACACAGCGACAGAGGAGUAUGACAUCAAAUGGACUAUGCCUCAUUGUGUCCUCACACUCAAACUUGUUGGUUUGUCAUUUGAUUACUACGAUGGGGGGAAAGAUCAAUCCCAGCUGAGUGAAGAACAGAAGAAAGCAGCCUUGCCGUCAGUUCCCUCUCUGCUCGAGGUGUUCGGCUUUUCUUAUUUUUAUGGAGGCUUCCUGGUGGGGCCCCAGUUUACGCUGCGAAGUUACCAGAGGCUGGUGGCACGGGAGCUCACCGACUGCCCUGGAAAGCCUCCGAACAGUAUUAUACCGGCUGUGAAGAGGUUUGCUUUAGGUUUUCUUUGCCUGGUGAUAUAUGCAAUAUUUAGUCCCUAUUACCCAGACAGCUACUACUUAACAGACGAGUAUGAGGCGCAGCCCUUCUGGUAUCGCUGUGUGUUUAUUCUGCUCUGGGCUAAAGUCAUUUUGUAUAAAUAUGUCAGCUGCUGGGUUAUAGCGGAGGGUGUAUGUAUAUUAUCUGGACUAGGCUACAACGGUGUAGUGGAUGGAAAGCACCAGUGGGACGCCUGUGCCAAUAUGAAGGUGUGGCUCUUUGAAACCACGCCACUUUUUGGAGGAACCAUUGCUUCCUUUAACAUCAACACAAACGCGUGGGCUGCAAGAAAUGUCUUCAAGCGGUUGAGGUUCCUGGGCAACAAGACCCUUUCUCAUGUGACCACACUCUUCUUUCUGACGAUUUGGCACGGCCUUCACUCCGGAUACAUCUUGUGCUUCUCCAUGGAGUUCUUCAUCAUCACUGUAGAGAGACAGGCCCAGGCACUGGUGAGGGACAGUCCCUUGCUGACAAAGCUGGCCAACAGCCCGCUCUACCCUCUCAUCUAUGUAGUCCAGCAGUUUAUCCACUGGCUCUUCAUGGGUUACCCCCUAGUGCCAUUCUGCCUCUUCACUUAUGACAAAUGGCUGAAGGUGUAUUCAUCCGUUUAUUUCUGCGGGCACGUGUUCUUCCUCAUAGCCUUUUUAAUCAUGCCAUACCUUCGCAAGGUGCUGGUGCCUAGGAAAAAACCGAGCGAGACAAAGCAGGAUUAAAACGUGGUACUAAGACCUGGCACGGUCCGCCUAAGGCUGAUAUCCACUGAAGGGAACUGCGACUUUCAAGGAGCAGAAUGGAAAAUACUUUAAGGCCUUUAGUAAUAUAUAUAUACAUACGUGUAUAUGUAUAUAUAUGUCCAUGUAAAAAUAAAUUUCUAUAUAUUUUUGUGUUUUAAAUGGGAGGGUGUUUUUUAUAAACAUCUGGAGAAAUGUUUACAGGAAAUAACCAUCGUGCCACUUGGAGUAAUUGUGAGCCAAUCAGGGGUGAUUUCCUGGGUUGUUUUUUUCCCCACUCUCUCUCUCUCUCUCUCUCUCUCUCUCUCUCUCUUUCUCUCUCUCUCUCUCUCUCUCUCUCUCUCUCUCUCUCUCUCUCUGUCUCUCUCUCUCUUUUCUUUUUCUAAAGAAAUGUGGGACAGGUAGAACUUGAAAGACUUACAUGCUGUCUGCACAGAUUUGCACUCAGCAGUCACAGGUUCAGAGUCGUCGCAGGUGGUUUCAGCACAGUGCCAGUGUAUGUGGCACUCUCUAAUGUAGUGAUGAUAAAAAUAAUAAUAAUUAUAAUAACAAUAAUAAUAGUAGUAAUAAUAAUCAGGAGGUUUGGGCCUUAAAAAUGGCUGCCAGUGGUUAUACAAGCACUGUAAAUCACAAACUGAAAAUUAACCCCCAACUCAAAAUGGCCUUGUAUUAAUAAAUGUUUUUACAGUA